AUGGCGUCGGAUGACCGCACGGUCGAUGUGGUGGCCGAGAGCGCGCGCGCGCGCGCGUUUUGCGGCGACGACGACGACGGCGGCGGCGACGAUGCCUUGGGACGACUGCGACGCGAGCACGGCGCGAUGUACGCGAGGAUGCGAACGAUGUUGGACGAGGACGCGCGCGAGGCGAGGACGAGAAGACGUCUUCGGCGCGCGUUGGUCGAGGAGUUUCCGGAGUUUGAUGCGUACGCGACCGAUGUGGCGGUGGCGUGGGACGACGCGCGUUGCGCGACGUUGGCGCGCGGUCUCGUCGAGACGCCGACGGCCGAGUUUACUUUCGGUGCCGUGUAUCAAGCGGCGGAGAAGGGGCUAAAGGAGCGUCUGAAGUUCUUGCACGAGCACGGGUAUGCAUGGGAUGCGGAGACGUGCAUGUACGCCGCUGAGAACGGUCAUUUGGAGUGCUUGAAGUACGCACACGAGCACGGAUGUGCGUGGGAUGAAAGGACGUGUGAGUACGCCGCCAGGAGCGGGCAGUUGGAGUGUUUGAAGUACGCACACGAGCGCGGGUGUGCGUGGAAUGAAGAGACGUGUGAUUACGCCGCUGGGAACGGUCAUUUGGAGUGUUUGAAGUACGCACACGAGCACGGGUGUGCGUGGGAUGAAGAGACGUGUGAGUACGCCGUUAGGAACGGUCAUUUGGAGUGUUUGAAGUACGCACACGAGCACAGGUGUGCGUGGGAUGAAGGGACGUGCAUGUGCGCCGCCAGGAGCGGGCAUUUGGAGUGUUUGAAGUACGCACACGAGCGCGGGUGUGCGUGGAAUGAAGAGACGUGUGAUUACGCCGCCGCGUAUGGGCAGUUGGCGUGUUUGAAGUACGCACACGAGCACGGGUGUGCGUGGGAUGAAGAGACGUGCAAGCGCGCCGCUGAGUACGGGCAGUUGGCGUGUUUGAAGUACGCACACGAGCACGGGUGUGCGUGGGAUGAAGAGACGUGCAAGCGCGCCGCUGAGUACGGUCAUUUGGAGUGUUUGAAGUACGCACACGAGCACGGGUGUGCGUGGGAUGAAGAGACGUGCAAGUGCGCCGCCACACACGGGCAUUUGGAGUGCUUGAAGUACGCACACGAGCACGGGUGUGCGUGGGAUGCGGAGACGUGCAAGUGCGCCGCUGAGUACGGUCAUUUGGAGUGUUUGAAGUACGCGCACGAGCACGGGUGUGCGUGGGAUGAAGAGACGUGCAAGCGCGCCGGCGUAAGUGGAGACCGAGAGAGAGAAGACCGAGUGGAGAAUUAUUGGAACUGUUUAUCGUACGCGAUCGAUCACCAGUGCCCCGGAUACGCGAAAUUUCACGCGUCGACCGAGCUAAAUCCAGCACGCGAACGACUUCGAUCCAUUUAA